GCUCCGGAACCCAAAGACACAUCGACCAAGAAACGGGCCGCUAGAAGUGGAUCCAACGUAUUCGCAAUGUUCACUCAAAAUCAAAUCGCGGAAUUCAAGGAGAUCUUCGGAUUCGUCGAUCAGGACAAAGACGGCAUCCUUUCGAAGAGCGACCUGAGAGCCACCUUCGAGCAGCUCGGAAAAAUUUCGAGCGACCAAGAAUUAGACGACAUGAUCAAAGAAGCGGGCGGACCGAUCAAUUUCACCCAAUUCCUACAAAUUUUCGGGAACAAAGUAGCUGGCAUGGACGAAGAAGAAGUCAUCUAUAAUGCCUUCACUGUCUUUGACGAGGGCGAUGGGCUCUGUGAGGAGGGAAAACUCCGUAAGAUGCUGACGACUUUCGGAGAGCGUCUCACCGAGAAAGAAGCGACGGAUGUAUUCAAUGAAGCACCCAUGAACAAGGAAGGAAAGAUCGACUUGAAGAAAUGGGCGAACCUGCUAACGAAAGGCGUAGAAGAUGAAAAUCAAUGA